AUGAACCAGGGCGACCUUGCGCGUCCUGGGGUCCUUGGCUCCCUGAGUCGCACCAACCCUACGGACCGAGACCUCGGUGUCCAUGUGGGUUGGAAUGCUCCAGAGCCUGUAGAUGGUGCAGCCGCAGUAGUACCGCUAGCAUUAUGUUUGAACUACGCACAUGUGGGUUAUGCAACCUCUCUUACCGGAGCAAAUGAUGAGAAGGCGUGGAGCCAGGGCUCAGCCGAACUUUAG